UCAAUAUUGGCGACACUAAUGUCAAAACUGACAAGUGACAUUAGUGAGCUUAUUCAUAUUUUUAAUUAAUUAAUGAAUCAACAAAUAAAAUUUAUAUUUGCGACAAUAAUUUAAGAUAAAUGUUUAAUUUAUAUAUGUAAAUUAGUUUUGAAUAUUUAAUGAUUAUUAUAGCUACGUUCAAUGCGUUUCAUGUAAUAGUUUUAAUGUGAUACACCACACAAUGUCUUACAACAAAUACACGAACUUCGUAAGGCCCACCUCUGUGACAACAAAUCAAAAUAACGUGAAACAACUCAGUGGAGAAGAAGCUAAAAAGUUAUAUUUGGAAGAAAUAAAAGAGCCAAAGGACCCUCCGUUAGUGCAUAACAACGCGUCAACAAAGACAAGUCACAAUAAAACAAAGAAACAUAUUACGUUAUCUGAUAAAGACUUGUAUCUCACGGUCCAAAAUAAUGACGUCGACACGUUAAGGCAGGUAUUAGACAACUGUCCAGAUAAGAUUAACACAAUCGACGAGUUUGGGUGGAGUUUGCUCAUGAUCGCGUGCCAAGCUAAUUCCAUAGAUACCGCCCGCGAACUCCUCUUGCGAGGGGCCGACAUAUCUGUUAGAGAUAAGGCGGGAAAUUCCGCGCGUUCGCUAGUUAUUAAGAAUAAAAACUAUCAGCUAGCUGAUAUAUUAUUAAGCCACAGAACGAAAAGUCCGGACACAAUAAGAAAUGAUGAGCCAAAAGUAAAAUUAAAAGAAAAUUAUCAUUGUGAGACAUGUAAUAAAGUGUUUGCAGAUAAAGAGGAACAUUUGUCUUCAACUAUACACAAUAUUAAUGCGAGCAGAGGCAAGAAGCCAACAGCAAACUUUGUUAUACCCUCCUCAAAUAAAGGAUAUCAGUUAAUGCUAAAGGAUGGUUGGGACAGAUUGUCCGGUUUGGGUCCUGAUGGUUCAGGGAAAAAGUACCCUAUCAAAACAGUACAGAAAAUAGACAGGAAAGGUCUUGGACAUGAAAAAAGGAAGAUUGAAGACAAGAAUGAAAAGACUGUCAAAGAAAAGUAUAGAAACAUGAUGGGAAGGGAUUAUAAAAAAAAUAAAAAUUUUGAAAUAAACUUCAGAAGACAAUUUUACUAACA